GAAGGAAGGAAGACAAAGUUAUUCUAGGAUACAGAAGAAAAAAAUGUUUCACCCAACUCCACUGUAGGAAAAUGAGUGCAGAGAGGAACGUGUCAUUUAAUUUUAUUUUAUUCAGAAAGAGAUAAAUUUGAUAUUUGGAGAUCUUCCUGCAGUUCACCAUGGGAUCCCGUGUAAGAGAUAAGCCUAAGCGCCUGUUCGAGUUUUUCGCAGAAGUGGCAAAGCCUGAUAAUGACACAGAAGCCUUCAUUUUGCAGUCAUACCCGCCCAAUUUCAAUGAGGAGGAUGUCAUCAACAACGUUACUAAGUUCGCCUUCCCCUGUGAGACAGACGGUUCGGCCGUGGAUCACUUCACCUUUGUGCUGACCGACUUGGAGAGUAUGUACAGGUUUGGGUUCUGUCGACACGCCACAGGAGCUCAGACCUGCCUCUGUGUCAUCAGUUUUUUACCCUGGUUUGAAGUUUUUUACAACUUUCUGAACCAUCUGGCUGAAGUUCUCAACCGUUCAGAGAAAAAUGUGAUUGAGCCUUUACUGCGGUCAGCUUAUGUGCAAGAGGUGCCUGGUGCGGGGAUUCCUGUCACUGUGGUCGCUCAACAAGAGAUGUUCAGUUUUACGACACCAGAUCCUGGAAAACUGCCCAGCAUUCCCAGUAGUAGGAACCUAACAGAAUAUUACAAUGCAGUAGAUUGUAACAAUAUGAUGAAGAUAUUUGCUGGUAUGUUGAAUGAACGCCGCAUCUUGAUAACCUCAAAGAAGCUGAGUCGAUUAACUGCCUGUGUUCACGGCUCAGAGGCUCUCCUUUACCCCAUGCAUUGGCAACAUCUCUUCAUUCCCGUCCUACCUGCACAUCUGAUAGAUUAUUGUAGUGCUCCCAUGCCAUACCUGAUAGGAGUACAUUCAUCCAUCAUGCAGAAAAUCCGCCGGUCAGAGUUGGGGGACGCUAUCAUUGUGGAUGCUGAUAACAACACAGUGGAAUCUGAACAUGAUGACCUGGAGGACAUUCCUGGGGAAGUGGUGUCUCAUCUGAAGAAAGCUUUACGUAGUCAACAGAGCGAUCGCAUCAAAACCACAGUACCUUUGACCGGGGACGCUAUUUCUAAGGCAUUUCUGCAUGCCCUUGUUAAGCUCAUAGGGGGUUACAGAGAAGCACUUCUGUUCAGGACAGGUGAACCAAUCACAUUUGAGCCGGAGGCGUUUGUCAGAACCCGACCGAUCCAUAUGCAGCCUUUCCUGGAAAAAAUGUUACAUCUACAGAUAUUUCAACAGUUUAUUAAUGAGCGGUUAGACAUGCUCAACACAGGUCAAGGUUUCUCUGACAUCUUUGAGGCAGAAGCCACCAUGCAGGGAGACAAGCUGAAUGCUCAGUCCCGUUACAAAGACUGGCUCAGUAGUAUGAAGAAACAGGGUAAAAAACUUCAGAGAGGGAGCAAAGAUGCCUGGUCAGACCUGAAGAAAAAGGCUGGUCCAAUGAUGGACAGCGCUGUCAAAUCUCUGAGCUCUACAGGUCAUAAAGCUUACAAAGGCAUAAAAAGUCGAAUUGGAAAUCUGAACAAGGAUGAGGGGACAGGUGUUCGAUCGUACAGUAGUGUUAAAGAGGUUCCCACUACUAGACCUAUCGGUCGGCAAACUAGACCCUCAACUAUUGUGGGACCUGUCCUGACAGCCACCAGGCCCCAGCGCCCCCCACCCCCAAGGUCAACCUCCUCAGGCAGCGACAUUGGACGACCUUCACAGCCAGACAAACUUAUACGGUCAGGGCAGACAACCCGUAACUACAGGCUGCUGUCAGAGAAGAGCGUUGAUGACAGUGAUCCCAGGCUGGAGUACAGUCGGAUUAGCAUUAACCUGUUAGAGGACCCAGACAUACAGAAUGCCAUGCGGAAGUCAGCCAGUAUGGAGUUAGUUAUACCGGGGCACGGGACAAGCAUGGACAGCCUGUCGUCUGCUGACCGCUCCAGCAAUACUGACCCUGACCGAAGCAGCGAGCUUGAUAUCGCAGGAGUCUCACUGAUAGAGGAAGAGGAGGGUUCUCAUCAGCCCAGGACUGUUGUCAAUCAAACAUACAUGACUCCGCCUUCUGGUCAGGAUUCACCAUGGGUAAGUCCCAGUCCACCUAUCCCGGCACCAAGAACAAAACGACGACAAAUGUCUGCAGGGAAAGGGACAAAACCCAUGCCAACAUUACCAGUUGUAGAGAAAACACCACCCCCUGUGGCGGAGAAGCCAUUGAUUCAUUUGUCGCCAGAAAAACCUGCCCCAGCCUCCACAAACUUUGACCCGCUCUGCGACCCUAAUCACGAAAGUUCACCAGACAGCUGGGAGGAUGCACGUACCCUUGAGCAGUCUCCGAUUGUCUCCCCUCCCACGCGGCAGGCCUCACUGUCGAGAUCUCCUGCGUUCCGUACUAAUUCUGGGAGCUCUCUUCGUCAAGUCGCUGCGGCGAACAUGCGCAAUCUACAGGAUGAUGGGACUCAUGCCUCUUCAGACCUCAACUUCUUUGAUCCACUGGGGUCAAGUUCUGUUCAGCCUUUGUCAAAUUCAGUCGAAAAUGGCUCCUCACGGGGUGUCAUAAACAACAAUGAAGACUUAAUGGGUUCAUGGAACUUGGCAGAUAUUGCAGGCACUCCUAAACACACACCCUCUACACCACCUCCAAAGACUUUCAACAAUUCACAAGUGUCAAACCAACGUGCAAUGAGUAAUAUAGGGCCUGGAAGUGUUUUAGGUAGAAGUAGUAUAGUCAGUGGUGUAACUGGAGGUGGUGGUGUGCCAGCAGGUGGUAUAGUGACAGCUGGUGGGACUGGAGUUGGCCUGAAUAACAGCAGUCUGUAUAACACCCCCGCUGGUAACCGAUCUCCCGUGUAUUUCCCGUCUGGACAGCCGAAUGUCUCCCCACGGUUGACAGGUAUUCUGCAGCCCCAGACUUCAGAGAGUUCUGAGACUCGCGAUCCCUUUGCUUCGCUCGUGGACUUGAGUCCCGCCAAGCAAGCUGCCAGUCCACCACCCAGAGCAUCAUGGGAGAAAUUUGACCAAUGAUCCAGCCUGCCUGUGGUAAUAGUGGUACUUGUGCCCAUCAGUAGGCAGUGAUUUUGAGAGUGUUUCAGGAAGAGAUAUCUGUAGAGGUGGGGGAUGGGUGAGGGAAUGCAUUUGGUGGGUAGAGUGACAUCCUUUAGUACUGUAAGUCCUUCAACUGUUCUCACCUGUUGCAUAUUGAGAUAUUUUGACAAAAUGAUUACGCUCAAAUCAAGCAUUUGCUGUUUCACCUGCAGCAGUUUCAAGGCACAGGAGACUUGUCACUUACUUAGUUCUCCCUGGUUUCCUCCACAAAUCUGGACGUAUUUUUUAAACUAAUUUUGGCAAAUUUCCAUUUAUUGACAUUAUUAAAAAACCUAUGAUAUUAUUACAUGUACAUAGCAGUUUUGUUCUGUACCAAACAGUUGGUCCCUGUCAAAGUACUAUUUUAGUACAGGACAUUGUCCUUGUCCCGUGGAUUAUCCUUGUCCGGUCGGUUGUCCUUGUCCUGUGGAUUAUCCUUGUCCUGUGGGUUGUCCUUGUUCUGUGGAUUAUCCUUGUCCUGUGGAUUAUCCUUGUUCUUGUACUGCUUGCUUCACGCAUAAUUCUAACUGCCAUUGCAUGAGUAAGCCUGGUAUUAAACCCCCAUGAUUUAAAUAAAUGAACAAAGAUGCCAUAUUCAUGCUUUGACAUUCAUGAGUUUUCUUACUGAUAAAGUCUUGCUCUUGAAAAAGGGUUUGGUGCAAGGGUGUGAUUCAUGGUAAGAAAAUCAUUUUACGUUUCUCAUCAAAUCUUCUGAUGUUCUUCAAGUAAAAAAAAACAAUGCAUUUUGUAUUGCAUCCAAUUUUAGGUUUUCACGUAAUUCAUUGUCUACGAUUCUUGUGACAUCCACCCUUCUUGUGAAUUGUACCCCUCUUGUGGACCCCCACCAUUGUUGUUGACGCUCACCUCUCAAGCAUUUGACUUGGCUGAAGUGAAAUAUUGCUUUUCCCAAAUCCUCUAUUCAGUGAUAUGCUGAUGCGCCCAAGGUGAAGAUCAAACACAAAACCUGCCCUUAUUUGACCUGAAACAUUGUUCACAUCACAUUUUGCUUGAUUCUGAUUGAUUCAUCCAUCUUAUAGGACCAUUUAAGUAUUUUUUGUGAAGUUUGAAUAAUUUCUUAUUAUAACAACUGUAUAAGUGUUGGCAAGUAUUAUUUUAAGGUGCUUCUUGAAGUGCAUAUUUACAUACCAAACUAACUACCAUUAAACAACCUGCGGAUGGACGUGGGUUUCUCCUGGGCUCCGCCCAUUGUUCUCCCACCCUAAUGCUGGCCGCCGUCAUAUAAGUGAAAUAUUCUGGAGGAUGGCGUAAAACACUAAUCAAAUAAAUAAAUAAAUAACUACCAUUAAACAGCAUGAAACACAUUAACUCUGGCUGAAGUAACAUUCCGAAGUGCAGUAUUUUUGUGCAUGUAAGGUUACUGCAUCUUGAAAGACAAGCAGGAUUAAUGAUUAAGGGGAUCAUUAAUGUGUAUGGCUACAAUGUACCACCAUGGCCACGGGAUUAGAUUUGAAGGGAGGGCCGACAAGUGGUAUUCAGGGAUUAUACAGGAUGUUUACGUCUGCUGUUCUCGUCAUUCAGAGCCCAAUAACAAAUGAAUUAACCAAAGCCCUAUGCUGUUGAUGUACAAAUUGUUUGUUUGUGCAGAUACAUGUAAAUGGCCUGUUGAUAUGUUCCGCAACUUUUGACAGGAUUGUUGAUGAAUUUUCAUGUGUUAAACGAAUACCAUGAACAGCAUUAAACUGGCAGCUGUGCACAUUUUGCUGCCAUUGUUUUAGAACUCUUUAGCAAAAAAGUCCAUUCUCUUGACUUUCAUAUAAAUGUGACUUUCUUUGUUCCUCCCAAAGUGAAAUUGUUACCGAGCAUUUCUUGGACUUCUUACAUGUCCAGUGUUCAAUAUCUGUUGUGCUGACGUACGAAAUGACCAUUAAUUUCGUCCAUGACUAACCUGCCCAUUUUGCCUGAGUUCUAUUGAUUUUAGAAAGGUGUUUUUAAGUUUGCUUAGAACAUAGGAUGAUAUUCAACUGGAAAAUUAAAGUUUCAGCAUCAUAAGUAAUAUUUUGUGACAUUUAAUUGCCUCUGAAAAUACACAUUUGCAGGCGAAAUUUUAGGCCAUUUAGUGUAAUUAUGUCUGAAAUAAAGACAGUUUUUGGGUCACAGGCCUAUUUGUAAUUUACACUUGACAUCAUUUAUAGCCUUAAAAAAUCCUUUGUUGGCGGUUACACACCCAUAUCAGAAGACAUCAAGACAGUUAGUCUGGCUUAUUUUUUGGAAGUGUGGGAUUUUAAAGAAAUUAAGUUUGAGUGAAAGAUAAGAACAGGAAAUUCCUUCAACAGCCCAGUAAGAAUUUGACUAUUUUAAUUCCUCAGCCUUUUCGCAUAUGAAAGAGCAACUUGCAGUGCAAUUUAUGCACAUCUAUAUUUUGGAGACAAAACUAAAUUGGUUUUAUUGGCUAAUUUCAGAGCUUCACAAAAAGUAGAAUUUUGUCAGUCUUGAAUAAACACUUUGUUUAUUACAGUUUUUGGAGGGUUGCUCAGGUAUGAUACAUGUAGGAAAAAAGCAUAGUGAUUUGUUUACUUUAUCGAGUCAGUGGAGAGAAUCUGGAUUUAAUGGGAGCUGGCAUAUAUAGAGAUAGCAAUGUUAUCCUAAAACAAUAAUACUUCUGUUAAUACUAAAUUCGUUGUUACAAUGGUUUGGUGAGGUGUGGAUAAUUUGAAGGACAAGCUCAAAAAUCUUUGUGACACCUUUUG